CUCAAUGUCAACACCUUCGCCUUAUAUUAUUUCCCUCUUGAGAGAUACCUGUUCCUGCACAAUUACAUUUUUGCCGUUUACGGCCUAGCUCAACAACAGUGAGAAAUCAGCACGAUGCUCCGCUGACAAAUGCCUCCUAUUAGCUACGAAGUCGCAAUCCAUCUUUGAAUCUUCAACUCAUCUCGCUACUCUAGGGAAAAUAAGGUCAUGACGCUAUUGAGGAUGGCCUCUGAAUCUACAUGCGCCAACGAAACAGCCGGGGAAGCCAAGCGACGACGAAAAAGAUUGCAGAAUCGAUUGAAUCAAAGAGCCUUCAGAUCUCGUAAUCAAAACAAAGAGGGUUUCAACGGCAAAAAGCCCAGGAAAAAUAGUCAAUAUAAAAUAAAUCGCUGGCGCCUCGAUGAGCAAGUUGAUGUAUCAGCAGAAACACUGUCAAAGGCGGCAGAUGCCGGGGACAAUGACCAUGUCCGAGACAGUUCAUCAGAUCGCUUAUCUAGGACAACCUGGUUACCUCUACCAGUAGAUCAUCGCUUACUCCAUCUCGUACAGUUCAACGUGUUCAGGGGGCUAAGUAAGAAUAAAAGCAUCCUCCAGCAGUUGACAAUGCAAUAUUGUAUAAAUAACGACAGUCAGACCGAGCCUUUAUCCGACUAUAAGACAUUUCCCAACUACUCGGUGAUUCUACCAACGACAUCGCUGGAGAGUGUUUCCCUUGGCUCACUCGCGCCGACAACUUCUCAGAGAAACAUUGCCCACUCGUCAUGGAUCAACUCUAUUCCAUUUCCAACAAUGAGAGAAAAUUUCAUCAAGUGGGAAUUUGCUUUCGAUCAUUCUGAGUUGGUCAAGGAUUUGGUUGGUGACCUGAUCAACUCGCAUAUCUUUCUAUCGAUCCCAUCGGCCUUUUCGGAGCAGCCAAGGCUUGUUGACAAGCGAACUCUCGUACAAGAAGAGGCCAAUAGUGGAGCCAAUUUUGCGGCACAAACAGGCCUCAUUGUAUGGGGAGAACCCUAUCAAGCGGAGAACUGGGAGGCAACGCCUGACUUCCUUCGGAAAUGGGCAUGGGCCGUGGUCGGUUGUCAAGAGUUGAUUAACUCGACAAAUUACUGGCGGAGAACAAGAGGCGAACGCACCUUGCGUUUGGCUCCUGCUGAUGGCGUUUCGGCCCCGUGAGCGACCUAGAUGAGUGUAACGGUUAUGCCUGUCUUCACGCUCGUAUGGGCUUAGUGUAGAACUCCAUGCUAUGUACUGUAACUAAGAUAGAAGAUCCAUUAACACUGAGGCAACAAAACCACGCUAGGCGAGCUAUACGACUGAUUACAGGGGUCGAGACUGUUGGCUGCCCCAGCAUUUUCCGCUUUUGGACGCUUCUCAGCCUCUCAUUCUCAGCAUUGUGUUCUGGCAGUCCCUAUGUUGGUCGGCACAUUUGUUUUUAGGGAGAAUGUUUAUAAAUCAAGGCUGUCUCACAUAGUUUCCUCAGACUUCAAGCCUUUUUGUUUUCGGAUUCCCCGUGGAUUAUCUUGGCG